CCCCCAAUGAGCCGAGAAGCAUGGAGGGGGAGGUCCAAGCUGUCUGGAUCAUUUUCUGCAAGCCAGAGUGACAAUCUGCUCUAAGGUUUCGGGGACGUUGGAAGGUAACUCUGUUGCCUCAGCUCCUACUGCUGUUGCUGCAGGCCAAGGUGCUGGCCAGAUCUAGCCUGCUAACUACAGGGAGCUUUCAGCUAUAUAUAGAGGCCUGAGAUACUGGUCUGUAGCUGCUUGGUUUACCAGCCCAGCCCUUCUAUGGAAGAAAUGGAAGAAGAGUUAAAAUGUCCGGUCUGCGGUUCUUUCUACCGAGAGCCUAUCAUUCUGCCUUGCUCUCACAAUUUGUGUCAAGCGUGCGCCCGCAACAUCCUGGUUCAGACCCCGGAGUCUGAGUCUUCUCAGAGCCGACGGGCCUUGGGUUCUGGGGUCUCUGAUUAUGACUAUCUGGACAUGGAUAAGAUGAGUCUGUACAGCGAAGCGGACAGCGGCUAUGGCUCCUAUGCAGGUUUCGCCAGUGCCCCCACCACUCCGUGUCAGAAAUCUCCCAACGGCGUCCGAGUGUUUCCCCCCGCCAUGCCACCGCCUGCGGCCCACUUGUCAGCAUCUCUGGCCCCAGUGCCGCGCAACUCUUGCAUCACUUGUCCACAAUGCCACCGUAGUCUGAUUCUAGAUGACCGGGGAUUGCGCGGCUUUCCUAAAAACCGCGUUCUGGAAGGAGUCAUCGAUCGCUAUCAACAGAGUAAAGCUGCGGCCCUGAAGUGCCAGCUCUGCGAGAAGGCGCCCAAAGAGGCUACAGUAAUGUGCGAACAAUGCGAUGUUUUUUACUGCGACGCAUGUCGGCUCAGGUGCCACCCGCCUAGGGGACCUCUGGCUAAACACCGGCUAGUGCCCCCAGCCCAAGGCCGGGUUAGUCGGAGGCUGAGUCCCCGCAAAAUUUCCACUUGCACGGAUCAUGAGCUGGAAAACCACAGUAUGUAUUGCGUCCAGUGCAAGAUGCCUGUGUGUUACCAGUGUUUAGAAGAGGGCAAGCAUUCUAGUCAUGAAGUCAAGGCUUUGGGAGCUAUGUGGAAGCUGCACAAGAGUCAGCUCUCCCAGGCUCUGAAUGGAUUAUCAGACAGAGCUAAAGAAGCAAAAGAAUUCCUGGUGCAACUGAGAAAUAUGGUUCAGCAAAUCCAGGAGAACAGUGUUGAAUUUGAAGCUUGCCUGGUGGCCCAAUGUGAUGCUCUCAUUGAUGCUCUCAACAGAAGAAAAGCUCAGCUGCUUUCCAGAGUCAACAAGGAACAUGAAUACAAGUUAAAGGUUGUACGAGAUCAGAUAUCUCACUGUACAGUAAAAUUGCGGCAAACUACUGGUCUCAUGGAGUAUUGCCUGGAGGUUAUCAAGGAAAAUGACCCCAGUGGAUUUUUGCAGAUUUCUGAUGCACUCAUUAGAAGAGUGCACUUGACUGAGGAUCAAUGGGGAAAAGGGACUCUUAUGCCAAGGAUGACAACAGACUUUGAUUUGAAUCUAGACAACACACCUCUGCUGCAGUCCAUCCACCAACUUGACUUUGUACAAAUGAAAGCUUCCUCUCCAGUGCCAGCAGCUCCCCUUCUACAGUUGGAAGAUUGCUGCACACAUAACAACAGUGCUACAUUGUCAUGGAAACAGCCACCUUUGUCAACAGUGAUGGUAGAAGGAUACAUUCUGGAACUGGAUGAUGGAAAUGGUGGUCAGUUCAGAGAGGUAUAUGUUGGAAAGGAAACAAUGUGCACAGUGGAUGGUCUUCACUUCAACAGUACAUACAGUGCUCGAGUCAAGGCCUUUAACAAAACAGGAGUCAGCCAAUACAGCAAGACCUUGGUCCUUCAGACAUCUGAGGACACAGAUUCUGAAGAACGGACUCUGGCUUUUCCAUCACCUUCAGAAAGAUUACAGCUCCGUAGGAUGGGUCCUUUCUCAUCAACCCUUAAUCUACAACCCAGCUUUUCUGGAAGAUCCUGCUUUGAUAUGCUAUCUUCAUCCCACCAGCUGAGUCUGCAUUCUUCUUUACAGUCUCUGAAUGUAUCAGGAUGCAAUUUUGAGACACAAUCCUCACCUUAUUCUCAACUAGUCUUGAUAACUAGAUUCCCUUUAUGUUUUUUUUCCCCAGUUGCCUGGUUUGCAUUUGAUCCUGGCUCUGCACACUCUGAUAUUAUCUUCUCCAAUGACAACCUGACUGUGACCUGCAAUAGCUAUGAUGAUCGGGUUGUGCUAGGGAAGACUGGCUUCUCUAAGGGAGUUCACUACUGGGAGCUAACAGUUGAUCGUUAUGACAACCAUCCAGAUCCUGCUUUUGGUGUGGCUUGCAUUGAUGUGAUAAAGGAUAUGAUGUUAGGAAAAGAUGACAAGGCUUGGGCAAUGUAUGUGGACAAUAAUCGGAGCUGGUUCAUGCACAACAACUCACACACCAACAGAACUGAGGGAGGGAUCACAAAGGGUGCCACAAUUGGAGUCCUUCUUGACUUAAAUAGAAAAACCUUAACAUUUUCAAUCAAUGAAGAUCAACAAGGUCCUAUUGCCUUUGAGAAUAUGGAGGGUCUAUUCUUUCCUGCUGUCAGUCUAAACAGAAAUGUACAGGUAACACUUCAUACUGGACUGCCAGUACCUGAUUUCUACUCCAGCAGGGCAUCAAUAGCAUAACAAGAGCCCUAUUCAGAAGCCAGCUACCUUUAUUCAUCCCUAGUUGAAAGUCGCUAAAUUUAUUCAAGAUCAGACCUGAUGACAGUAAGGGGGGAAAUGUGGAUGGUUCAGAGACUGUUAAUAUCAACUAAGAAGUUGGAAGAAUAAAGCUGGUCUUCCACAUUCUUUGUAUUCUAUAAUUCUGCCAUGUAUUCUCUCAAUAUCUCCAAUGUUAACAUGUCUGCAACAGCUUUGGUGUUUGGUUCUUUUGAUCAAUAAUAUACCUGGGUAUACUGCAGUGUUACUCUGUGUCCAAUUUAGGGUUUUUUUUCUGUUAUUUCAUUUGGACUUUAAUUUAGGUGAGCUAUUUUUUCUUCAUGAUAGUGCUGCCAUCUUAGGAGAAAAUGUUCAUGCUUACUUUCCCCAAGUUUUCCCUCAAAGAGUUCUAUACUAUAAGUAAGAAUGACUUGAAAAGAAAAUUUGAAGAUGUGGUCAAUUUAUUCCUUAUUGAGUUCUGUGUAGAUACAUGUAGUUCAAGUAUUAGAGCCAUAACUUAAGCAAAGUAACUAAGUAUACCUAGAAAAGGUGACCUAGAUAUUUUUUCAGGGCUUUGAUAUUUAGAAAGAGCAAAAAAAUAUAAAUAAUUCAAAAAGAUUACAAUUUUUAAAUUGCUUACACUUCCAUUUUUUCUAUAAUAUCAUUUGUCCCUCUGGAUAUAGGUAUAAUAAUUAGUUAUAUUACCAAAUAGCUUGCUUUGUUCCACUGACAGACACAAACCAAGUCAGCUCUUCCUACUCAGGCUAUCUUGCUAUCCAAUGGCCUCCCCAAUAAUACCCUUGUGGUAUCCUGGUAUCUCCCUCUUUAUGGACUCUGUUGCUCUCAAAGGUCAGGGUUCCAGUAAUAUUUAGGACCUGUUUUUCCACAAAGCUCUGUCCUAUGUCUCCACACGGUGGUAUUAAAUUCUACCUCCACCUCCACCAUGGUGGAAUCUCUUUCUUAGGACUUUUCUGCUCAUUUUGCAAUCCUCUGAGAGGGUACCUAAUAUGCCUAUUGUUGAGGUCUUCUACCCCUACUUUUAAUUUGAGAUUACAUUUAGUGAUAAGAUUGUUAGUUAUGGCUCUACUAAAUACUAAAUGAUUUUGUUGUAAAUUAGCAUAAUAAUAUCAGUCAUUUAAAAAUAAAGCUUUACAAUUAGAACUAGUCAGUCCCUGGAGUCACUAAUUUCUUGUGAUGGCACAUGGUAUCAGCAGAAUGGAACUUUAAAAAUUACAUCAAAAAUAGUUUUUCAUUUUAGUCUCUACUGAAAAUGGUAAUAAUAGUUACCAUGGCAGGCCUCUACAUAUAUUUUCAGUUCUUCUGAUACUUAUUAUGCCACUUCCCAGCCCCUACUGGAAUUGUGCUACCAUAUAUCAUGGAGUCUGGUCCAAAUGAUAUUGGCUCUCCAAUAUGUCAAAAGUGAAAAGAAAGUCAAGCUUUAAAAUAAUAGCUCUGUGAGGAUACUAAUUGUUCUUUGUGGUAGAGUAAAUUUGCCCUUUUUCAAUAUCAUCCAUAGCAGAACAGAGCAGAGCAUCUAUCCAUACAAAUGUACGUUUCCCACAAAAUAUCUCAAAUAUUGUCAUCCAUGAUAUUUAUAUUCUCAGGAAUUUCCUUUUUUAAUCUUAUACUUGUACCCAUUUCCCUCAUGCUUACUAUAAAUAAAAAUGUAACUUUACUCUGCUAAUCUCUCACAAUUUAACUUUCUGGGAUAAUUCUGACUAAAGAGGAAAAAAACAAGUUAUGUAUGACUCCAGAAUGUUAACUCUUGCUAUUUAUGUAUAAAUUAAUUGCAUGAUAUUUGCAAUGACAUUUCUUUGCUUUUAUUUAUUUCAUAGAGUAUGUUUAACAAACUUUAAGAAAGAGUGGAGAGAAGUUAAUCUCUUUAGUUUGUUGUACAAUGAUUUAUUUGCCAAUGUAUCAAGAAGUUCAGUCAGUAAUAAAUUUAAAUGGGGGAAAUGGCAAAAAGAGGUUAGCUAACACAUUAGUAUUAUAGGAAAAAGGCUGUAAAUAACCACUUUUAGCAUUCAAUUUUUACCUGUUACAUUGUUCUUCAAGUUUAAAUUGGCCUAAUGUAUUGAAUGGGUGCUAUUUGUUUACAUCCAUUUUGGUUUUUCUUCACUACAGAAAAACGCUGUUGCAGGACAACACUAGUUUGAUAUUUGUUUUAAUUUCCAAUGAAUUUCGAUGGCUGGACCACUAUAGACUCAUAGUGACUGUUAUUUCCUUAUGGAAUUGUUUCUGCUAAUUAGAUUUCUAGUAUUACUAAUACAUUCUUUAUUGUGUUUGUAGCUGCAUAUACCUGCUGUGCUAAGAAAUUGUCACACUUAACUGUUCAAAUAAAUAAUGUUUAUGGGAGAACAUUGAAUGUUUAUUUAGCAUUUAUUUGUAUUUAUCCUCUCUUAAAGUAAUAUCCUAUCUGAAAAAAUGUGUCCAUGGAAGUAGGUCAAAACUCUAAGAAUGAAUUUUUUGUUGUUGUUGCAGAGAUUCUUUGUCAAGUACAGAUUGGACAACAUGACCUAUAAUAUCUCUUCUAACUAAAAUUCUAGUGAAAGAGUAUCCCUAAGUCUACCAACUAACUUAUUAAUUAUGCUAGACCACACAAUGCAGUAGUAAGUAUGGGAAAAUGAGGCACUCAUAAAAUUCUAUAGUAUUUGCACUUAAGACUGACAAUCCCUACCCACAAUCUACUUUUUUAAAAAUAAUGUUUUCCAAUUAUCUUUUUUUUUUCCAAUGCAAAAUGAGAUGAAGCCCGUUCUUUAUUAAUCUAGUACUAUUCCCUUGGUAGGAACAGGCAAGACU